UUUUUCUUUCUAACAUUUGUAAAGUAAAAGAGAUUUACUCUAAUCCAAAGUCACAAAUAAAAAUAAACUUUUUUGUACUUCUUUUUACUAUAUCCAUAUUAUUGUAAACAUGUCUUCAGGAGGCAAAUCUGGUGGAAAAUCUGCUGCUGCUGCCGCUUCUAAAGCGAGCUCAUCUCGUUCAGCUAAAGCAGGACUUCAAUUCCCUGUUGGUCGUAUUCACCGUCUGCUCCGUAAAGGAAACUAUGCUCAAAGAGUCGGUGCUGGUGCUCCUGUUUAUCUUGCCGCUGUUCUUGAAUACUUGGCUGCGGAAAUUCUCGAACUUGCUGGAAACGCUGCCCGUGAUAAUAAAAAAUCAAGAAUCAUUCCUCGUCAUCUCCAGUUAGCUAUUCGCAAUGAUGAAGAGUUGAAUAAGUUGCUCGGCCAUGUAACGAUUGCUCAAGGCGGAGUUCUACCGAACAUUCAUCAAAACCUCUUGCCUAAGAAGUCAAAGAAGGGAGCCGCUGCGGCGGAAGUUUAGGAAGCAAUGAUUUAAACUCUUUUAGUAUUAUCUUUUUUUUUUUUCUACAACUAAUAUUCCUAAUAUACAUUAUUUGUGGCAUUAAGGAUAUUGGAAAAAUGUAUAAAUAUAUUAUUUUUCCUAUCCGCACUUUAAAUUUUUUUUAUACGCAUAUAUUUUGGUUCGAAAGAAGAGGUAAAAAAAAUAACGAAAAAAGGAAUAAUAAAACUUCAA